AUGCCCUGCGCGCUGGAUGGCGAGGCGCUGCCACCACAUGCAGAGUUUCUCCGACACGUAGGAUACCAGCGACGAGCACUGCGUCUGGUGGAAGAGGCCAGCUGGAGCACCUGGAGAAGAUCGUCUGCCACUGUUGACAUCGCCUGGAGCACCUGCGAUCAUCUGGAAGCACAGAGUAAUUGUGUCGCCACCAGCCCAGAGUGCGAGGGUUCUCAACUCAGCAGCUUGAGGCUCCUCCACGCGCUGCUUCAGAGGUUCACCGGACUACCACACUCUCCGGUGUAUGGAUGGAAGGGGCUGCUGGUGGAGCCUAACCCAAAUGCCUUCAAACACCUACUGAAGAAGAACAGACGUGCCUGGUCCUCCAACAGCUGCCUGGCCAUCACGCCCUACCCAAAGGAGAUGGUUCUUCAGGCCAUAGAUACCCAUGCUGAGACAGAGACCACGCAGGCCCUGUGGGUGAUCCGGGGCAGCUCCUUCCUGAUGGAGGCUGGUGGCCCAGACCAGAAGUACCAAGCUACCGUGUAUGACUCUUCCUAUGCCACCGUGCAGUGCUUCCCCCUCGUGUCCUACCUCAGAGCCCUCAACAUCACAAAGGUGGACUUGCUUUCCCUUGAUGUGGAAGGAGCAGAAAAGCAGAUCCUGGACACACUGCCUUGGAGCACGGUGGAGAUCUCUGUCCUGCUGGUGGAGCAUCAUGGGAACGUCAAGGGAAAGGACACCAAGUUUGUGGAGAGUGUGGAGGCUCAUGGAUACCACCUCUAUGACUACCUCAUUGACAAGGACAACAUAGGGGACUACAUAUUUGUCAGGAAUGGCUUUUUAUAGACACAAUGGGCUCUAUUAAUGGCAGGCUGUGUACUACUGUUUUGGAAUUAAGUGAUUGGCAAAACUCAAUCUGCCUUUGCAAGGCCAUCUUAUAUGUAAAAUGCAAGAACAAAAUAGUUAAACCUUUCACUGGCUAGAUAAUGCUAUUCUACUCUAGGCUCCUUUGUAAUGUGUCUUGUGUUUCAACUGCCCAGAUGAUAAUUCUCACACUGGCCACAAUACUGUCACUCAAUUCACUCAUAUGAAAGCCAAAAUGAAAAAAGCACAUGUAUGUCUAAUGUUUUAUUUAUACAGCUUAAAAAAAGGUACAAUUAUUAUACAGUAGAUGCCUGCUCCCUGAUCUGAAGGGUAGCUCAGUGGUCAGACUAAGGUGCAGCGGCCUGUUGUGUCUGUGGCUGACUGGGAGUGGGUGAGAAGGCUGGUAGGCGACCAGAGUUCUGGCAGAGAAGGAAAUGGUCAAAUGAAAAUACACUAUUCAUGACUUUGCAUUUUUGCAACAUCAGUGACUUUUAUUAUGAUAAAAAUUAGUACCACUAAUAACUGACUUCUAUGCUGUAGUUCUGGUAAACAGACUGACUGACUGAUAAAUCUCUGCCGACAAAUCAUUCUUGUUUAUAAAGAUAUGUAGUUUUCAGCAGUUUUACUUAGAUUAGUGAUGGUUACAUAAUGUGAGAGAUGUAGAAUGGUUGUAGAAGAACUCACUUCAUUA